CAGCAACAAGCCCCUCCCCUGCCCUCGGAAGGAGAAAGAGAGUGAGGAGCGCUCGCAGCCCCAGGGCCGAUCCCAUGGCCAGCAGCGGGACUUCCGCGCUCUGGCCAGACCCCGUGGGCUGCUGCCCUCUGGGGAAAGGGUCUUGAAUCGUGGGCACCAUCAGCCGAAGGGAAGAGAGGACGUGGGAAGGCAUUAGCGACUUUCGGAGAAUUUUCCAGGUUCCUCUUGGGGGCCCUAGUGGUCUCUUCUUGGGUUGGUGCAUCCCGCUGUGUCCGCAGUCCGCAGCUCGGCGAAUUCCAGGCUGUCAAGUCACCCAGGUGCAGAGCACGAUUGAAAGAGACAGCGGAAGGACUUUCCCAGACUGUGCUGUCGUUCAGCAGACUACACCAAUCACCACGCAGCUUCCUCUCGGGCCCGCCUCUUUGGGGGGCGUGUCCCUAGUGAGUGAUAGACGGAGCCGCCCGGCCCGUUCAGCCCAGCCCACGUUGCUGCUUAGAUUGAAAUGCAGAACUCAAGCCUCUUUCAGCGGAGCACAGACUUCCUUUUACUCCUUCCUUUUGCACUCUCGCCGCCUCCUCCCGGGGAGAAGCGGAGGCAGCGACAGGCCGGGCCACUGAGGCCACGAGAAAAGUUUCUUUCUGGGAGUGUGGAGCUUGGGCCCCGUUGGUGUACUGCUCGGAGCAAUGGAGCCAGCCUUUGGGGAGGUGAACCAGCUCGGAGGAGUAUUCGUGAACGGGAGGCCGCUGCCCAACGCCAUCCGGCUUCGCAUAGUGGAACUGGCCCAACUGGGCAUCAGACCAUGUGACAUCAGCCGCCAGCUACGGGUCUCGCACGGCUGCGUCAGCAAGAUCCUGGCGCGCUACAAUGAGACAGGCUCAAUCUUGCCAGGAGCCAUCGGGGGUAGCAAGCCUCGGGUCACCACCCCCACCGUGGUGAAGCACAUCCGGACCUACAAGCAGAGGGAUCCCGGCAUCUUCGCCUGGGAAAUACGGGACCGCCUGCUGGCGGAUGGAGUGUGUGACAAGUACAAUGUGCCCUCGGUGAGCUCCAUCAGCCGCAUCCUGCGCAACAAGAUCGGCAACUUGGCCCAACAGGGCCAUUACGACUCAUACAAACAGCACCAGCCGGCACCGCAGCCGGCGCUGCCCUAUAACCACAUCUAUUCGUACCCCAGCCCCAUUUCAGCGGCCGCUAAGGUGCCCACUCCGCCCGGGGUGCCCGCCAUCCCAGGGUCAGUGGCCAUGCCGCGCACCUGGCCCUCCUCCCACUCCGUCACCGACAUCCUAGGUAUUCGCUCCAUCACCGACCAAGGCGUGAGCGACAGCUCCCCGUACCACAGCCCCAAGGUGGAGGAGUGGAGCAGCCUGGGCCGCAGCAACUUCCCGGCCGCCGCCCCGCACGCGGUGAACGGGCUGGAGAAGGGGGCCUUGGAGCAAGAAGCCAAGUACGCUCAGGCACCAAAUGGUCUCCCAGCUGUAAGCAGUUUUGUGUCAGCAUCCAGCAUGGCUCCUUAUCCCACCCCGGCCCAAGUGUCGCCUUACAUGACCUACAGUGCUGCUCCUUCUGGUUAUGUUGCUGGACAUGGGUGGCAACAUGCCAGUGGCACCCCACUCUCCCCCCACAACUGUGACAUUCCCGCGUCGCUGGCGUUCAAGGGAAUGCAGGCAGCCCGAGAAGGUAGCCACUCUGUCACGGCUUCCGCACUCUGAUGGGAAAUUCCGUCUGCUGCAGCUGCACCCGAGUCCCCCCUUCUCCGCUCACCCUCCCCCUCUUCCCUGGUCUCGGAUCCCACCCCUCUGCCCUCCAACCCUCCUGCCUCAAGAGCUGGCUUUACGGACUCACAUCCUUUGUGCUGAUGACACUUAAAUAUUUCUUGCCAUAACUUCUCUCUCACAGAAAACCUGACACGACUUUAGGAUUUGAAAACAAAAGCAAUGUUAAGGAUUGAAUGAGACAUUUGUAUUGCCCACACACUGUUCUAACGUAGUGAAGAAACCUGCACCCCUCAAAGGGCUUAAGGAACUUUUAAAACGAGUCUUUGGUAAAACCACACGUGUAUAUUUAUUCUAAAUCAACCUGAACUUCUGAAACGUGCAAUUGUUGAGAUUCUGCAAAAUCAAUAAAAUAUGUAUAGAAAAAAAGUUAUGCUACACCCUCUAAUCAAAAAGCUUAACAAAAUAAGCUGUAAUCCAUUACUAGGAAACCAAUCAAUAACUCAUUUUUUGAGUGAUCCUUUGUUUAUUUUUAACAGGUGACCUAUUUUGUUGGAAAAUACAUGUAUAACUGAAGCAAUAUCUGAAUUUAGCUCCUCCUGGUGUUUUGAUUGGUUCCAAAUACAAUAAUGUUUAUAUUUUCUAUUAGUUUGUAAAUAUGGACUCUGGAUGGUGCAUUUGCGUUUUCAUUCCAUGGGAUAUCCCCCCCCCCCCCCCGCCCCUGUCUAUUUUUUUCCUUUCUUUUUGCAAAGGUGACUUUCUGGCAACGUCUUUGUCUCUGUUUGGUGGUGGGCUGCUCAGGCCCCUGGACCUGGACUUGCCCCAGAUUUUGUGUAUGCAGUGAAGGCUUCAACAUCGCAUGAAGGACAUUUUCUUUCUACAGCAGAGGACUCAAAGCAGAUAAAACAAGCCAGUCUCCCAUUUUGUAUCCCAAUCAAACAACACACAUGCCAAGCAUAGAAAGACAAGAGGGUGGAAAAUUACUGAACAAGAAGGCUCUAAAGGAAGUCACUUAGAAACUUAAGUUUAAUGUGAAAGGCUUUGCAAAGACACUUAAAAUGAACUUUAUGUUAAGAAAACCACUGUGAAACUAAAUUGUACUGUUAUUGUUGGCUUACCUGUGUGUUCAGCAAUCUCAGCCCAAAAUUACGUUGUAAUUUAAAGAAAAUGGAAAAUUCUGCUCUAAUGAAUGUAAAAAUGGCUCGCUGUGAAGUUUACAUUGUUGUACAGAAGCAUGUUUCAUGUCUAGGUCAACUGGUGGUGGUAUUAGAAAUACAAAUGCUAUUUAAUUUUUAAAAAUUCCCUUUUUCAUUUCUGGAGGUACAGGACACAGUUUAAGCAACGGAUCUUUUGAAAGCAAUUUGUUUUUUGCUUUAAUGUUAAUAAUAGAGCAGAGGCGUAUAUGUGUGUGUGUGUGAGCAUGUGAUUAUGUGCUGUAUUUGAAAACAAUUGAUUUUCUUGAGCAAAAUUCUACAGUUUUAAUCUCUCCUGUUUAGAAAAUUCUUCUUGCUUGGCAAUACAGGCUUGAGAAUACGUUUUUAAAACAUUGGUAAAAUUUGUCUAUUGGAAAAUUAAUAUAUUGCGGGUUUUUCGGUAUUAAUUCUGUGCAAUAGCUAACAGGGCACAUCACUAGAUAUGGAUGUGAAAGAUGCAUUCAUUAGGGGAUUUUGAUUUCUUUCUAUCUGUGCUGUGCACAGCCCACACGGCAAUCUGUUUCUGUCACAUCGGGCUUGUGGCCUCAUUUAAAACUCAGAUGGCUAGAGUAGCUAGGUUUCCAAAUCACUAGGAUAUAAACAGUAAGCAGAUUUCUGACAUGCAUUAUAUUCAAGGAAUUGCUUUUUUCAAGUAGCAGAUAUCUCAUGGAGAACUCUGAACUGCAUUUAUUUCUUAACCUAAAUUCAGUGCUACGGAGGAUUUUAAGUUCAGGAGAAGAACAAGCAGAAGGAGUAGAUGAACUCUCAGGGCCACAGUCUUCCUUUGAUCUUGUGAGACUCCUAAUGACAUCUGGAGUUCCCAGUCUGAUGAGAAAAUAGACUAUAAACCAAAUGGAACAAAACACCAGUCCAAUAUUUUGGUGGAGACUUUAAAAGCAUACUGUAAAGGGACUCUCUUGCCAUGCGAAAAACUGACAUAAGGUACAUAAUUAUUCUUUAUCAGAUGUUUUUAGGUGGUAUUAGGAGUCUUUAAAAAAAAUAUCAAACAUUUGUAUGGAAACACAACUAAAUGUUAUUUUCUUUAUCUAAAUUAAGAAAUCUCUUGUUAGUAUGCUAUUUAUAAUUUUCUGGUUCUUGUAUUUUUUAAAAAAAUCUAAUAUUAAUAGUAUCAAAGUUUUCUUUUUUUUUCUUUUCUCCCCUAGGUCUUUUCCUAGCAAAGGUGAAUUCACAUGGAAUAAAUUUUAAAAGAUAAAGACAAAGCCCAAAUACAGUUUGCUAUUCAAAGCACAUUAUGAUUUAAAGCUACUUUUAAAAAUAAGAGAAGGAAAUUGGGAUGGGAUAUGGGAUUGAGAUUGUCUGGUAUUUGAACAUUAUCAUUAUUGGUUAAUGUUGACAUAUUUCCUCUGUUUCUUAGGGAGUAAAAUUGUUAUCUUUAAACUGGCAAAUGCACUCUUCAGAGAUCCUUUUCUGUCCCAUCCACAUGGAGAGGUUAAAGGUUCAAUCUCAUGGCCUCCAAGCAGGCAGUGUUCUCUCUCAUAGGUUGCAAGGGUAUCACCUGCAAGGAUAGAAUGCAGUUGUACAACAGACACAGUCUUAUUCCUCUUGUUUUUUUUUUCCCCACUUCUAAUGACCCUCUUAUUAAAUAUUGGGCUGAAAUAUAAAUUUAAAAACACAUUGAAAAGGAUGUACAACUGAAGGCUGUGUAUGUAUAUACAGUAUGUCAAAAAGCCUUUAUUUUUAUACUUCAAAUGCUCUAAAUUAAUAAAAGUAAUAAUUACCA